GGUACUCAUUAAGACGCCAUAACCUCCUUCGGCAGGCAUGGAGUCUCAGUUCAACAAGGACACCUACUGGCAGUACGUCGGCGAGGGCUACAACUACGAGAGCAUCAUGCACUACGGCACCUACGCCUUCUCCGUCCAGUGGGGCAUCGCCGAAACCAUCGUCCCCACUGACCCCAACGUGAUCCUCACUGAAGCCUACGAUAAAUUCCAGAUGGCUCAGUCCGACGCCAACCAGAUCAACAACCUGUACAAGAACCAGUGUUAAACAAGGUCUAAAAUUUGUACUUAUUUUAGAUCAUGGAAUUGAAGAGUUUCGGGUGUGUACGAUGAUUGAUAACAUAAUAAAGCGCUGCUUCGCUUA